CCAUUACUACUGGUUUCCUUCCACCCAACUCCUUUAAAUCAUGAGGCAUAAUAAGUUUUUGAGGUAUUUGUUUAGAUAACGGGAGACCCCGUUACAACCUAUUUUCUGUCUGUUUGGCACUUUCCCUCUACUUUAAAGUAGUACAAAACACAAUUUGUGUAAGAUUACACAAUAAUAACCAAUAAAAAAGAGUAGUAUCUCGAAUAAUGUCAGUAAAUUAAAACAAAUAAACAAUAAAUAAUACGCAGAAACUUCUUUUCGCAGAAUGCGGAAAAGUCACUCAAUAACCAUUACCAAUAGUGAUGUGGCUAGUCCGGUUUCAAAAGUAGACAAUAGAUACAUAGACAUGUAGAUAAUAUCUACUACACAGUAGAUUUGCUAUAAUUUUCAAUCAUUGUAUAAAAAUAUUAAUAAAUCGAUGUUUUUAUAUAUUAUAAACCAGCCUAAUAAUUUACAAAUUUUAGUCAACUUUUUUCUAGAACAUUCACAUUUUUUGUACGUUUAACUUUAACUUUUUUUGUUACGUGUAUCCUGUCAAAAGUUACAAGGAAAAAAAGAUUAGCUCUAUGCUUUUGAAGUCUACUUUGCACAGCGUUGCUUUUGGUUUGGUUUUAUUUAGUCUGUGAGCAUCUGUGGUCGUUGAUUGACGACUCAGGGAAAUAACAGCGAGUAGACGCAUUUUAUUUAUCGUGUUUGUGUUAUAACUUAGUGAAAAAUGGCAAAAAGGAAAAACAAACCUUUAAUAGAUUCAGACUCCAGUAGUGAGUGCUCAGAUUUGGACUCACAAUUCCUGAACUUAGCAAAGAAAAAGAAGAAACCAGAAGACUCCCCUCCACAGUCCAAAUCUAAGAAAUCUGGUUCAGGGUCAGACUCUGAAUCUGACUGGGAUGACGAUGACAACAAGAAGUCAAAUUCAAAAUCCUCAUCCUCAUCGGGGUCAGACUCGGAGAGUGAUGCCAGAAGUGAUACAUCGAAAAAGAAAGAAGCACCUCGCAGUACAAGGAAGACAUCCUCAGAGCACUCGGACGACAGCCAAAAGAAAGUGGAACCUAAGAAGACAGAGAACAGGAGGAGCACAGACAGCGCAGAGUCUACUAAGAAAAAAGAGACAUACAGUGAGCCCGAAGAAGGUGAAGUGUCGUCACACUCCUCAGAUAAUGACUCCAUUGAUUCAGAAGAAGAAUUUGAUGACGGAUAUGACGAGAACCUCAUGGGCGACGAGGAGGACAGAGCUCGCCUCGCCGCCAUGUCUGAGAAGGAGAGGGAGCAGGAGAUCUUCAAGCGAAUCGAGAGGAGAGAUCUCAUGAAAACCAGGUGGGAGAUAGAGCGCAAGUUGCGUCUGGCGCGUCGCUCGGCGGCGGGCGCGUUGUCAGCGAGCGAGCUGGCGCGCCGCCGCGACGCGCGCCGCCGCCGCCGUGCCGCGCGCGACCUGCGCCGCCGCCGCCGCGACCUGCCGCCGCCGCCGCCAGAAAUAGAGACGGAGGCCCCGGCGCCGCCCGAGCCCCAGCAGGACAAGGAGCUGCCGCCGCCCAGUCCCGGGGAGAUACUCGACGACAAACAGGAUGCUGAGCGGUCGGAGCGCGCCGGCUCCCCCCAGUUCGGCAAGACGGAGCGCAAGCGGAACGUCGACGACAAGCGACAGAACGCCAUGGCCGCCCUCCGCGCCCAGCGGGACGCCAAGGCCACGCGCGUCGAGCUCUCCAGGCAGAGGAGGAACAAGGAACUCUCUCACAACGACAAGGACGACACCGACGACGCGGACGCGGAGAUCAUCGGCGGCUCCAGCAAGCAGAGCGUCAAGUUGAAGGCGUCCGACAUAUACUCCGACGACUCCGGGUCCGACUCUGACGAUAACAAAUCUCAAGGUCGGCGCAGUUCGUCCAGUUCGAUGUCGUCGGGCGGCGAGGAGGAUGACUCCAAGCGAGAGCGGGAACUGGUCGAGGUCAAGUACGCCGAUACUAAGGAACAAAUCAACAAACUCCGACUCAGCAGAUUCAAGCUGGAGCGUCUGGUCCACCUUCCAUUCUUCGCGCGGGUAGUGACAGGAUGCUUCGUCCGCAUCGGCAUCGGGAACAAUAACGGGAACCCCGUCUACAGGGUGGCAGAGAUAAUAGACGUGUAUGAGACUGCGAAGGUAUAUAACCUCGGCAACACUCGCACCAACAAGGGCCUCAAGCUCCGGCACGGAACCCAGGACCGAGUGUUCCGCCUGGAGUUCGUCAGUAACCAGGAGUUCACGGAGAGCGAGUUCCAGAAGUGGAACAAAGCCAUCAAGGACGCCAACAAGAAGCCUCCCACCAUGGACUUCGUGCGGAACAAGAUACAAGAAGUCAAGGAAGCGCUCAUGUACGAGUUCAAGGAGGAGGACAUUGAGAAGAUAGUAGCGGAGAAGGAUCGGUUUAGGUCGCAUCCCACCAACUACGCCAUGAAGAAAACACAGCUCAUGAAGGAACGAGACGUCGCCCAGCUCAGAGGGGACGACGAGACCGUGAUGGAACUGAAUGCUAAGAUACAGGAACUGGAGGAACGAGCCAGUCAACUAGACAAGACUAGGACGUCCUCCAUACAGAGCAUCUCUUACAUCAACAAUAGGAACCGGAAGCUCAAUGUAGAGACCGCAGAGAAGGCCAUCAUGGAGGAAGUGAAGGCUAACAAGGGCAAGAAGGCAGACGAUCCCUUCACUCGUCGGAGCACUAAACCUGUCAUGAACUUCAAGUCGGGGGCUAGCAAGGCACAGGACGCGCGCAGCGAGGAGGAGGCGGCCGACGCCAUCAAGCAGAGGGACGCCGACGACCGCGCGCUCCGCGAGCUCAAGGACAGGGAGCGACUCCAGGCCGCAGCCGACGCAGCCAGCGCGCGCGGGGGCGCGGGGGCGGGCGCGGGCGCGGGCGGGGGCGCGGGCGCGGCGCGGGCGCGGGCGGGGGCGCGGCCAGCCUGUACUCGCUGCACGACUUCGACAUCAGCAUCGAGCUGGACCUGCCGGCGCCGCGGCCGCCGCCCGCCCGCCGCCCGCGCCGCGCGCCGCCGCCCGCGCCGGCCCGCCGGGCCCGCGACGUCGGCCCGCGCCGCUCGCUCAACCUGGACGAGUACAAGAAGCGCCACGGACUGA